AUGGUUAUUGAUUCUCCAUGGGAAAAUGGAAGUGCUCGUCAGAAAUCAGUGUACCCAACAUUACCAAACCGGUAUUUCUUAUCCCUUCCAAUUAAGCAACUUACAGACAGAGGGGGUGCACUUGUGGCCUUAUGGGUGACAAAUAGAGAGAAAUUGCGUACCUUCAUUGAGAAAGAGCUAUUCCCUGCAUGGGGAGUUAGAUAUGUGUCUACUAUUUACUGGUUGAAGGUGAAAGGAAACGGUUCAUUGAUCGGUUGUCUUGACCUCUUUCAUCAUCGGCCAUAUGAAUGUCUUCUCCUGGGAUACUGUCAAGGAAAAGAAAUGGAUUCAAAUUGCCAUUCAGUAUUUAGGUCGAUAAAAGAUGAACAUAUUAUCAUAAGCAUUCCUGGAGGUUACUCCAGGAAACCCCCAAUUGGAGAAUUACUGUUGGACCAUGUUCCUGGAGUUAAACCUGCUCGAUGUAUUGAACUCUUUGCUAGAGAAAUGUUAGGUGGGUGGGUUUCUUGGGGAAAUGAACCACUUCACUUUCAGGACUCGAGAUAUUUUGAGACAGUGAAUACAUAG